GGUGAUAACUGAGAAGCCAUCCGAUGAUGAUGAUGUAUUAGAGAAGGCGUAGAUAGAUAGAUAGGUAGUAAUGAAGAUCCAGUGCGACGUUUGCAACAAAGAGGAGGCUUCCCUCUUCUGCUCCGCCGACGAGGCCGCACUUUGUCAUGCCUGUGACCACCGCGUCCACCAUGCCAACAAGCUCGCUGGCAAACACCACCGCUUCUCCCUUCUCCACCCUUCCUCCAAAGACUUCCCUCGUUGCGACAUCUGCCAGGAGAAACGUGCCUUUCUCUUCUGCCGAGAGGACAGAGCGAUUCUCUGUAGAGACUGCGACCUUCCGAUUCACACAGCUAAUGAACAUACCACCAAGCACCACAGAUUCCUCCUCACCGGCGUUAAGCUCUCUUCCUCUCCUUCCACCAUCACCACCACCACCACCACUGCCCCGUUACCGUCCAACGGGGACUGCGAUACGGCCACUCCCACUGAAGUCAGCUCUUCCCAGUUGGCCAUGAAGAAAAAACCCAACUCUGUUUCUGACCCGCCACCAUCAAUUCUGGCCCACACUACUACAUCCAAAGUCGGCGACGAUGUUUCUGCAAGCUUAGGGGGUUCUACUAGUAGCAUAUCAGAGUACCUGAUCGAGUUGCCGGGCUGGCAGGUGGACGACCUUCUCGAUUCAUCUGCCCCUUUUGGUUACUGUAGUAAGAUUGAUUUCACACCGCCAUUUCUGGAUGCCGAUCUUGAAAGCAACCUCAGCUUGUCUUCUGAAGAUUUUGGGAUCUGGGAACCUCAAGUUCCUCAAGCCCCACCUACUCCCAACUACAACUUCGCUGUGCACAACGGUUACACCAAGGUGUCGACUCAGGCAAGCAGUCUCACUCUCAGAUCUAACAAGCGAAUGAACGAUGAUGGUUUAACAGUUCCUCAAAUCAGCCCUCCAUCCUCCAAGAGGUUGAGGCCUUAUCAUCCCUUCUUUUGUUAAUUCUCAAAUCCAACUGAAACUC